AUGGAAAGGGCUGUCGCUAGCAUGGCAGGGCUUGCAAGAAGCUGUCGGGCGCUGGGCGCUGCUGCGUCGACGAGCUUGCAGCACUUCUGCACAACUACUACACCAACAUAUGGCCGAACGUCUGUGUACGUGAAGGAGGCGAGUGAAGCUGCCUUCAAUAUCCUGGACUUUGACCCCCAAGUGGAGAAGGCCAUCCUGAAUCCGGAUCGAGAGGUCAAGGUCAACCUGGUGGUCCCCAUGGACAACGGGGAGGUCAACAUGUACGACGCAUAUCGUGUACAACACAAUAACGUACUGGGGCCGUUCAAGGGCGGCAUCAUAUUCCACCCGGCAGUCAACUUGGAGAACAUGCGCAGCCUGGCCUCCCUCAACACCUGGAAGUUCGCCUUGCUCAACGUCCAGUUUGGGGGCAGUAAGGGCGGAGUGGCGGUGGACCCGAGGACGCUGACGGACCGGGAGGUGGAGAAACUGACACGCAAAUACGUGCAGGCCCUUCAGGAGGUGAUUGGUCCUCGUACGGACAUUCCAGCUCCGGACAUCAACACAGACGAACGGCACAUGGCCUGGAUAUUUGACCAGUACUCGAAACUCCGAGGUUUUACGCCGGCGGCCGUGACAGGCAAACCCACAUGGCUGCAUGGCAUCGUGGGACGUGACAGUGCGGGGGGCCGGGGGGCGGCGUACAGCACUCGCGAGUUCAUGACACGAACCCUCCGACGCAAGGUUGCGGGAAGCAGCUUUCUGAUCCAGCAGGGCUUCGGCAAGUUGGGCAGCUGGACGGCACAGAUCCUCCAACAAGAACUGGGUGCCAAGAUUGUGGGAGUGAGCUGCUCCGAAACCGCUGUAUACAACGAGAACGGACUAGACAUCGCGGCGCUGCGGGCGCACGUCGUGCAGGGCGGGCUGCUCAAGGACUUUGCGGGCGGGACGGGUGUGCCUAACGAUGACAACUUUUUGGACCUUCCAGCGGAUGUGCUCAUCCCUUGCGCUGUGGACGGAACCAUCCACAAAGACAACGUGGCGCGCUGCCUGCAUUUUAAGGCUGUCGUGGAGGCGGCCAACUCGGCCCUGACUCCCGACGCCGAUGCGGUCCUACGCGAACACGGCAUUCCGGUGCUGCCUGACAUCUACGCCAACGGCGGCGCGGUGAUCGUGUCGUUCUUUGAGUGGGUGCAAAACAACCAGAACCUGCAGUGGGAGGAGGAUGAGGUGAAGCGGGAGCUGGACAGGUACCUGACCGACGCGUACAACGCUUUGCUACGGGAGCAGGAGCAGUACGGCACCUCUCUGUCGUUGCGUACGGCAGGGUACCUCGUAGCGCUGAAGCGGUUGCAGCAGGCGGAGCUUGUGCGGGGUCACUCCUGA